AUGGUGAGUGAUGGGAUGGUUAGUGCUGGGAUGGUGAGUGAUGGGAUGGUGAGGGAUGGGAUGGAUAGUGCUGGGAUGGUGAGUGCUGGGAUGGUUUGUGCUGGGAUGGUGAGGGAUGGGAUGGUUAGUGCUGGGAUGGUGAGUGCUGGGAUGGUGAGUGAUAGUAUGGUGAGUGAUGCGAUGGUGAGUGCUGGGAUGGUUAGUGCUGGGAUGGUGAGGGAUGGGAUGGUUAGUGCUGGGAUGGUGAGUGACGGAUGUGCUGGGAUGGUGAGUGACGGGAUGGUGAGGGAUGGGAUGGAUAGUGCUGGGAUGGUGAGUGCUGGGAUGGUGAGUGAUGGGAUGGUUAGUGCUGGGAUGGUGAGUGAUGGGAUGGUGAGGGAUGGGAUGGAUAGUGCUGGGAUGGUGAGUGCUGGGAUGGUUUGUGCUGGGAUGGUGAGGGAUGGGAUGGUUAGUGCUGGGAUGGUGAGUGCUGGGAUGGUGAGGGAUGGGAUGGAUAGUGCUGGGAUGGUGAGUGAUGGGAUGGUUAGUGCUGGGAUGGUGAGGGAUGGGAUGGUUAGUGCUGGGAUGGUGAGUGACGGAUGUGCUGGGAUGGUGAGUGAUGGGAUGGUGAGGGAUGGGAUGGAUAGUGCUGGGAUGGUGAGUGCUGGGAUGGUUUGUGCUGGGAUGGUGAGGGAUGGGAUGGAUAGUGCUGGGAUGGUGAGUGCUGAGAUGGUGAGUGAUGGGAUGGUGAGGGAUGGGAUGGAUAGUGCUGGGAUGGUGAAUGCUGGGAUGGUUUGUGCUGGGAUGGUGAGGGAUGGGAUGGUUAGUGCUGGGAUGGUGAGUGACGGAUGUGAUGGGAUGGUUACUUCUGGGAUGGUGAGUGAUGGGAUGGUGAGGGAUGGGAUGGAUAGUGCUGGGAUGGUGAGUGCUGGGAUGGUUUGUGCUGGGAUGGUGAGGGAUGGGAUGGAUAGUGCUGGGAUGGUGAGUGCUGGGAUGGUGAGUGAUGGGAUGGUUAGUGCUGGGAUGGUGAGUGAUGGGAUGGUGAGGGAUGGGAUGGAUAGUGCUGGGAUGGUGAGUGCUGGGAUGGUUUGUGCUGGGAUGGUGAGGGAUGGGAUGGUUAGUGCUGGGAUGUGCUGGGAUGGUGAGUGCUGGAUGGUGAGUGAUGGGAUGGUUAGUGCUGGGAUGGUGAGUGAUGGGAUGGUGAGGGAUGGGAUGGAUAGUGCUGGGAUGGUGAGUGCUGGGAUGGUUUGUGCUGGGAUGGUGAGGGAUGGGAUGGUUAGUGCUGGGAUGGUGAGUGCUGGGAUGGUGAGUGAUAGUAUGGUGAGUGAUGCGAUGGUGAGUGCUGGGAUGGUUAGUGCUGGGAUGGUGAGGGAUGGGAUGGUUAGUGCUGGGAUGGUGAGUGACGGAUGUGCUGGGAUGGUGAGUGACGGGAUGGUGAGGGAUGGGAUGGAUAGUGCUGGGAUGGUGAGUGCUGGGAUGGUGAGUGAUGGGAUGGUUAGUGCUGGGAUGGUGAGUGAUGGGAUGGUGAGGGAUGGGAUGGAUAGUGCUGGGAUGGUGAGUGCUGGGAUGGUUUGUGCUGGGAUGGUGAGGGAUGGGAUGGUUAGUGCUGGGAUGGUGAGUGCUGGGAUGGUGAGGGAUGGGAUGGAUAGUGCUGGGAUGGUGAGUGAUGGGAUGGUUAGUGCUGGGAUGGUGAGGGAUGGGAUGGUUAGUGCUGGGAUGGUGAGUGACGGAUGUGCUGGGAUGGUGAGUGAUGGGAUGGUGAGGGAUGGGAUGGAUAGUGCUGGGAUGGUGAGUGCUGGGAUGGUUUGUGCUGGGAUGGUGAGGGAUGGGAUGGAUAGUGCUGGGAUGGUGAGUGCUGAGAUGGUGAGUGAUGGGAUGGUGAGGGAUGGGAUGGAUAGUGCUGGGAUGGUGAAUGCUGGGAUGGUUUGUGCUGGGAUGGUGAGGGAUGGGAUGGUUAGUGCUGGGAUGGUGAGUGACGGAUGUGCUGGGAUGGUGAGUGAUGGGAUGGUGAGGGAUGGGAUGGAUAGUGCUGGGAUGGUGAGUGCUGGGAUGGUUUGUGCUGGGAUGGUGAGGGAUGGGAUGGUUAGUGCUGAGAUGGUGAGUGCUGGGAUGGUGAGUGAUAGUAUGGUGAGUGAUGGGAUGGUGAGUGCUGGGAUGGUUAGUGCUGGGAUGGUGAGGGAUGGGAUGGUUAGUGCUGGGAUGGUGAGUGACGGAUGUGCUGGGAUGGUGAGUGAUGGGAUGGUGAGGGAUGGGAUGGAUAGUGCUGGGAUGGUGAGUGCUGGGAUGGUUUGUGCUGGGAUGGUGAGGGAUGGGAUGGUUAGUGCUGGGAUGGUGAGUGCUGGGAUGGUGAGUGAUAGUAUGGUGAGUGAUGGGAUGGUGAGUGCUGGGAUGGUUAGUGCUGGGAUGGUGAGGGAUGGGAUGGUUAGUGCUGAGAUGGUGAGUGAUGGAUGGUGA